AUGACGACCCGCUACCGUGUAGAAUAUGGCAGAUGGGGAGGAGUGACGCAAAAGCUGACACAAGGAAUAGAUGCGCUCAAGUCACAUCGUCGUGACCAACUGAUUGAAUGGAUCAAGGGCCUUCUUGCAGUUCCCUUCGUACUACAUUCGCAGCCCACCGCUGCUUAUAAGGAAAACAGCCCUAAUCUCGCACAUAUUGCCGAAAGGACACAUAAUAGAUAUGUUGAGAUUAUGCGGGAUGUCGAACAUUUGAUCAAUGACCACAUUGGGCUCCAGAAAACGGGGGCGAGCGGAAGAUCUACACUGAGACUGCUUGUCCCCUCCGUUGGUACCUUCUUCACACCGUUACUACUGGAGGAUGCAUUCAUAUACCAGGACAAUAAGAGAUUUAUCAGCCACAGGCGUUUUGUGCCCCCGUCAUUCAAUGACAUCCGUCUCACACUUAAUACCGCUCAGCUAAUGGGCCUUGUUCACCGCAGUGAGGUCCAAUUGAUCACGUUCGAUGGAGACGUUACACUCUACGAUGACGGAUGUUCCCUCACAGCGGAUAACCCCGUUGUGCAGAGGAUAAUGCUCCUUCUAAAGCAAAACAAGAGAGUUGGCAUCGUGACAGCCGCCGGAUACUCUUCUGCAGGAAAAUACAAGGAACGCCUCGAGGGUCUUCUGGAAGCUAUCAAGCAAUCCACCGACCUCAGUGAGAAGCAAAAGAACCAUCUCAUUGUUCUUGGAGGGGAGAGUAACUUCAUGUAUGAAUUUGAUCCCAAGUCUCCAGAUCUGCUCACCUAUAAACCCCAGAGCGAGUGGCAGCUGGAUGAAAUGAAGCAGUGGAAGGAUGAAGAUAUCAAGGAGUUACUUGACAUCGCAGAGGCUGCGUUGCGUGAUUGUGUUAGUAACUUAAGGCUGCCCGCUGCUAUUUUGAGAAAGGAGAGGGCUGUCGGUAUAUAUCCGCUUGAGGGACAUCGAAUGCAUCGUGAGCAACUAGAAGAAACUGUUUUGGUGGCGCAGCAAACUAUCGAGACGUCUGACGUUGGCAGGCGCCUUCCCUUUUGCGCAUUUAAUGGUGGAAGUGAUGUCUUUGUAGAUAUUGGCGAUAAAUCAUGGGGUGUCCUUGCCUGCCAGAAGUACUUCGGCGGCAUUGAUAGGUCCAAGACUCUGCAUAUAGGUGACCAGUUCCUGUCUGCCGGAGCUAAUGAUUUCAAGGCACGGCUUGCGUGCACUACUGCAUGGAUAUCUAAUCCUGGUGAAACGGUGCAACUACUUGACGAACUCGCUGCGCUGGAACAGGGUGCCAGGGCGUGA